UGCUCCUUCUUCGAUUCAACACUGCCACCUAUCUUCUUCUUCUUUGACUGAACGGCGCAGCGACAGAGGAGACCCACAAAUCGUCGACAUUGAUGCAUCGGCGUCUUCGACAAUUGGCGUGAGAUGGGUCAGCGUCAUCCCUACGGCUCUCCUCCCUGAUGGCUUUCGGUGAUUGGAGUCUCGGCGAGAGAAGUAGUGACGCCGACGACGGACUGCAGAGGCGCAACGACCAGCCGGUGAACCAGCGACGGCACCCAGGCUACAGACUGACGACGACGUCUGGACAGAAACUCCGGCGAAACAGCGGGGAACUCCGGCGAGGGCUAUUCUCUGUUCCAGCGAACCAGGAAGCUCCGGCGAUUCCCUCUGUUCGGGUGACUGGUUCGAGCAGCAGCAAUGGCGCGGGUCCCCUUUGCUCUAGUGACCUUCAGGGAUGUCCAAGACGAAUUGGGCAGCGACAGUGCACGUACUCCGUCAAUGAUUAUUGGACAAUGCUUUCCUUGAAUUUCAAUUGAGCAAACGAGGUAAUAACAAGCUAAUCCUGGAGGGCACAGAGACGGAGGAGAUGUACGGAUGCAGUACUCGAACCGUUAACAGAUAUGGUGGUUGUACUGUAACUCGUUUUCUGAUAAUGAUCUAUUAAAAAUGUUUAUUUAAAAUAAUAGUUUUGCUUCCGCGCUGUUUUGAAUUAACUCCGAUAAACGUUUAAGUUCUAA